AUGGACGAAUCUCAUCGACAAUUAUCACAUGACGAUUAUACCGUUGGAUGGAUAUGUGCAUUGCCAAAGACCGAGCUGGUAGCCGCAGCGGCCAUGCUGGACGAAGAACAUCCCAUACUUCCAGCCGAUCCGCAAGACACGAAUACGUAUCUCCUUGGUCGAAUCGGUCAUCAUAAUGUCGUGAUUGCUUGCCUACCGGCAGAAACAACGGGUAAGGUAUCUGCUGCAACCGUCGCAAAGGAUAUGAUUCGCACCUUCAAAGCUGUCAGAUUCGGUUUGAUGGUUGGUAUUGGUGGUGGAGCACCGUAUUAUGGCGUCGAGAAGAGCGACGAUGGUAGAGACGACGAAUCCGAGGAUGAGAAUGAGGAUUCCGAAGAGGAAUACUCAGACGACACGCGAGAUAUCAGGCUCGGCGAUGUCGUGAUAAGUCUGCAUUCAAAGUCUAGAGAGGCUGUCGUACAGUACGAUUUUGGAAAGUCAGAACAGGAAAAGGAAUUCGUUCGUGCUGGUGGAAAACUUAAUAAACCCCCAAAUAUAGUCUUGAACGCAGUUAGUAUGCUUCAGGCUCAGCAUGAACGGAAGGGCCAUAAUAUCUCUGAGUUACUGUCAGAAAUGCUGACAGAAAAUCCGCGUAUGGCAACAAAAUUCGGGUAUCCAGGUUCAGCAAAGGAUAGACUUUUCAAGUCGAGUAUCAUUCAUAAAGAGGGAGAGAAGUCGUGUAAAGCUUGUGGACCAUCUGAUGUUAACCUUGUGAAAAGAAAAAAUCGACAUGACGGUUCGCCAAAGCUGCAUUACGGAACAAUCGGAUCGGCAGAUCAAGUGAUGAAAGAUGCUUUAUUAAGAGACAAGUGGGCACAAAAAGAGAAGAUUAUGUGCUUUGAGAUGGAAGCUGCAGGGUUAAUGGAUUCAUUUCCCUGCCUCGUCAUUCGAGGGAUCUGCGACUAUGCCGAUUCCCAUAAGAACAAAAUCUGGCAGCCGUACGCGGCAGCAACGGCGGCAGCAUAUGCAAAAGAGCUUCUUCUUGUUAUUCCAGGGCAAGGUCUCGUUGACCUGCCGCCAAUUGAGCAAAGUACUUGGCAACAAGAUUAUACGGCAACUCGGGCAUGGCGCCGAUCAAAUGACGAAGAGAAAUGUCUCCAAGCGUUCCGCACUACGGAAUAUGAGAGGCAGAAGAAUUUGAAUCCUGAAAGAGAAGCCGAAACAUGUCUAUGGUGUCUUGAUGACGAGAGAUUUCGCAACUGGCGUGACAAAUCCACCUCCUGCUUAUUAUGGGUAACUGCAGACCCAGGAUGUGGGAAAUCUGUACUCUCCAGAGCGCUUGUAGAUGAGCGUCUACUUGACUCGGCGCCAAAUGAUACGACAAUUUGUUAUUUUUUCUUUAAAGACACAUCUGAGGAUCAGCGAAGUCCGGCGAAUGCCCUGGCAGCCUUGUUACAUCAACUUUUCACAUCUCAUGUCGGGCAAAAAGCCAUCAAAUAUGCCCUCCCACGUUUUCGAGAGAACGCAAAUAACAUAUCUCAAAACCUCCAAGUCAUGUGGAGAAUUGUUCAAGAUAUUGCUUUGGAUUCUGAUUUCGGUAAAAUCAUCUUUUUGAUUGAUGCUCUUGAUGAAUGCCAAAGAUCAGAACAAGAGAACCUCAUCAGGAUGCUGAUGCAGCUUGAACGGACAUCGACUCGCCAUGGUUCUAAGGAAACCUUCAAAUUCUUUAUCACAAGUCGCCCAUAUUGGGAUAUUGAA